AUGGUACCAGAAAAUUAUUCACGGAUUACAGAAUUUCUUCUCAUGGGAUUUUCUGAGGAACCAGAACGGCAACCUCUCAUAUUUGGGCUUUUCCUCUCCAUGUACCUGAUCACUAUGUUUGGAAACCUACUCAUCAUCCUGGCUGUGAGCUCAGACUCCCACCUCCACACACCCAUGUACUUCUUCCUCUCCAACCUGUCCUUGGUGGACAUCUGUUUCACCUCUACCACUGUCCCAAAGAUGCUGGUGAACAUCCAGACACAGAGCCAAGUCAUAACCUAUAAAGGCUGCAUCACACAGAUGUAUUUUUUCCUACUCUUUUCAGGAUUGGAUGACUCUCUUCUGACUGUGAUGGCCUAUGACCGCUUUGUGGCCAUCUGUCACCCCCUGCGCUACACGGUCAUCAUGAACCUCCGGCUCUGUGGACUGCUGCUUCUGGUGUCCUGGAUCACGAGUGCCCUCUAUUCCUUGUUACAAAGCUUAACAGUAUUGAGACUGUCUUUCUGUACAGUCUUGAAAAUCCCCCACUUUUUCUUUGAACUUGCCUGUUCUGACACCUUUCUUAAUAACAUGAUGAUGUAUUUUUCCAUUGGAUUCUUGGCUGCUCUUCCCCUUACUGGCAUCCUUUACUCUUACGUUAAGAUAGUUUCUUGCAUUUGUGGAAUGUCAUCAGCUCAGGGAAAGUAUAAAGCAUUUUCUACCUGUGCGUCUCACCUCUCCGUUGUGUCCUUAUUUUACUGUACGAUUCUAGGUGUGUACCUCAGCUCUGCCUCUCCCCACAGCACACACUCAAGUGCAGUAGCCUCAGUGAUGUACACUGUGGUCACACCCAUGCUGAACCCCUUCAUCUACAGUCUCAAGAACAAAGAAAUAAAGGGGGCUUUGAGAAGAUUCUGUGCAAUGGCAGCUAUAAAAGGGACAACUGUUUUAGGGCUGAAGAGCUCCCUGUGA